UCUUUUUUAGUUAAAGGAGAAUCUGGCAACAGGAUUGCUUGAUAUUUAUUUUCUUUGUAAUAGUAGAGUGGGUUGAUGACUAGCGAUUGUCGUUUGUGGUGUGAGUUCUGAAAGUUGUUUUUGUUUAUAGUUCUCCCCAGGAAUAAAAAAGAGCAUGGGGCUUUUUUAUCAUCUAAUAACUGAAUUUGAUCCUUGACAACUAUUUUAUGUGUAUAUUCAAGGGCCUGUCCACUAGCCUGUUUACUACUGUUUAGCGGUACCUUCACAAAUUCGACUUUAGGAAAAACGUUGAGUGAUUUCAAAAGCUUGAAGAUGAUUUUAGAAUAAAAUAACUUUUUAUCCUUGUUUUGUUUCCAAAAUAAUUCUAAAUGAACAGUUUUGUUUCCUCAUCUUCUAAUCAAAAUAUCCUCUGUGGAAUUUUUAUAUAAAGUGCCACCAAAAUGAACAAAGUGUUAUUAGAGAUUCCUAAACGCACAUUAUAGAUUAUGCCGAAAAAGUGUAUAGCCGCUCAAUGUAAGAGUAAAAAAGGAAGUUCACGGCAGGUGAAAAGCAAACAGGAGGCGACCACCAAAUAUUUAAGAAACAGGACCGUUGUUUCUGAGAACAAGGUCACUAAACCCAAAAAGGAAAAAAUUUUGUCAAGUGCAGUUUCUUUGAGUCUUUCUCGUUCCCCAAUUAUUACUCGCUCUAAAAGUAGGAGCAUUGCUUUGCAAAAAGUAGAACCUGCUACGAGCUCCAUGGACAGUGAUUCUCCGGCACCUGUUGAGGAUAGCUUGAAGCGAAAGCAUUUUACAGGUGAAGAGAAUAAAUCAUUAGGAGAAAGCUCAAAAAGUGUUACAAAGGAAGUUAAAUCUAACUCCAAAGCGAAAAAGCUUAAAAAAUCAAAUAUGAGCAACAAUUCAGAUGCUCCCAAGAAUGAGUUGAAUGACCCUCCUUCUAUUUCUUAUGAAGCAAAUGAUCUUCGCUGCAAUUCUAAUGAGGUAAGAUCUCCUAACAUAUCUGGACGAUCUGUACCUGAAAGAAACGCCGAAUCACAGACAUCCUCUAAAAACACUAAUUUAUCUGCAGUUAACAAAAAUGUCUCAAAAUCAAAUUUGUCAGAUAGGUUAACUUCAAAUGAUAAUAAGUUAAGUAAUUUAGAUGACAAUAAUGAUUCUUUCUUUAAUCCAUCUUUUGGAAAUUCAAAUUUUUCUGAAGGUGAGUCCCCUGUUCCAAAUUUGACUUGUUACAAUGAAAAUGACAUGUCAGUUGAAGCAAAAAUGCAAAAGUUUGAAACCUUAUAUGGUAAAAAUAUAUCAGAGAGGAAGCUUAUAACAAAAAGUGAAUUGCAAAAAAGUCUUGAAUCAGCAAUGCAACAAGCUAAAAGUUGUCAAUCUAAUGCUAUUAUUGAAACACCUUUGGAUAGUGAACCAGGUGUGAGUGGUACACAUGAUCUUCACCAAGUCUUAAAAAUAAAAAUUGAGAAAGAUGAAGAAUCUAGUAAGGACCAAUGUAAAUUCAGCAAAUCUUCAAAUUUAAGAGAUAGUAGUAGUGAUACUGAGAGUUUAUUUAAGUCACCUGUGUCUGGUGCUAGUGGGUCAUUAGGAAGUGCUUUCCAUGGUAUAACAAUUAAACAAGAAGUUGAGAUGCCUGGUUAUGAAGAAAUUUCCAACCCAUUUCGAGGAAGACGUAUUUUGCUUCAUGAUGAUCUUGAUGGAGAAACUGUUGCUCAGGGUACUACUACAGCUAGUAAUUCUAAUUCCCGCCAUACUACAGAUGCUGCAGAUUCCAUUGAUGGAGAGAUAGGACGUUUGCAAGCCUUAAUGGACUCUAGACGUAUACCUCUUAGUUUAUUUGGUGCUCUUGAAAGUCGUAUGCAACAACUUUUCCAGAAGUCUAUGGGAACUGCUACCAGCAGUAGAGCUCAGCAAUUAGUGCAAGAAUUACAAUCUGCAGAUGAUGAUGAGCAUCAACUCCAAGUUCUUAUUGAAAUCAGUCAGUUGCUAGUCAUGGGAAAUGAAGACACUCUGAUAGGAUUUCCUACAAAGCAGCUAGUCCCUCUUCUUAUAAACUUGUUGCUUAAAGAAUAUAAUUUUGAAUUAAUGAAUCAAGCUUGUCGUGCUUUGACUUACUUAAUGGAGGCAUUACCACGAUCAUCUUCAGUUGUUGUGGAAGCUAUUCCAGUCCUUUUGAAUAAAAUACAAGUAAUUCAGUGCAUUGAUGUUGCUGAGCAAGCCCUUACUGCCUUGAAAAUGCUAUCAAAGUGGCAUAGCAAACCCAUUUUGCAAGCUAAGGGUGUUGCUGCUUGCCUUAUAUAUUUAGAUUUCUUUUCUAUAAAUGCCCAGCGAACUGCUUUCGCAAUUAUAUCAAACUGUUGUCAGAAUUUAGUGCUGUCAGAAUUCAUUCUUAUUCAAGAAUCUCUCUCCACUUUGAGUGAAUGGCUAACAAGACAAGAUGAGAAGUCAGUUGAAAGCAUUUGCUUAGCUUUUGCUGGACUAGUUGAAAGCUUCCAGAAAGAUCCAGAUAGCCUUUUGCAAAUUGGAAGCAAUACUCUCUUGUCUAAUAUCCAACAGCUUUUAGUUCUCUCACCACCGAUUAUCAGCUCUCAAACUUUCACUAGUGUAAUUCACAUGUUGGCACAAAUGUGUUCUGCUUGUUCUGAUAUUGUUGUCUUCCUCUUGAAAAAUAAUUUUUCUGAAACCUUAAAAUAUUUGUUAGUGGGAUCAUCUGACAAUUCGAAAAAUAUUGAGCUAAUUCCUCGAAGUCCACAAGAACUCUUCGAGCUUUCAUAUCUAAUUUGUGAAUUGAUGCCAUGCUUACCUCAAGAUCCUAUAUUUAGUGUUGACGCUCUGGUUGUUGAAGCUAAAAAGAAAGUUGCUUCUAGCAGUACAGUAUUAAUGGAAUGGCGUGAUGAAGCAGGUAUUAGGCAUUUCAGAGAGAGGCAAGAUGGUGAAUCUAUUGAUGAAGCUCAGUAUGGGAAAGUCCGUCUUUAUAUUCCAGAUAAAGCGUCAUUAAAUGUUGCAGAACUUCAUUCUAUGGAACAAUUUGACUCUGAUCCUUCCAGUAGCAGUGCACGACAACCUCGUUGGUAUGUUAGAAAUUCUGCUGAGAAAACUGCUGCUCCGCUAAGAGCUGAAUUCUUUGAUGAUAAUGUUGAUUUAGUAACAGGAAGCAUUACAGUAUUAUUUCCAGUACUAUAUGAAAUGUAUUGUAGUUCUGCUGGUUCAGCAGUGAAAAACAAAUGCAUCAGAGCUUUACUUCGAAUGAUCUACUUUGCCCCUCCAGAAGUUUUAAAAUCUGUGCUCAAGUACCAAAACAUUGCUAGACAUGUAGCUUCCAUGUUGGCAUCCCAAGAAUUCCGUAAUGUGAUAUCUGCCCUUCAAAUUUCAGAAAUCUUAAUGUGGAAACUUCCAACAGAUUUUAGGGUUCAUUUUGUUCGAGAAGGUGUCUUGCAUGAAAUUAGAGUGUUAUCUAAGAUUGAUGUGAAAUCCUGGCAAAUUGAAAAUACUCCUGAAUCCAACUUGCCAUCAACAUCUAAUCAUGUCACUCCUGGUCAUACCUCUAACUCAGAUUCGUCUGAUAAAAAUUCUCAUAAAUCUGAAGGGGCCCAGUGUGGUUCAUCUUCUUCACAUUCUGUAUUCAGUGCAUCAUCUUCACCAGCUGCUAAAGAGGAUGAAUCUUCUAGCACAAAUGUUGCUUCAAAAAUCAGAGAUGUUUUGAAAAAGCGAUAUAUGAAUAUUAAACGUACCUUUGGAGCUGCAGAUAAAGAGUCUGGGGCCAUGUAUAGUUCCACCAUAGCAGUUACCACAGAGAGUAGAGAAAAAAUAAAUACCUGGAUUAAAGAACAGGCACAAAAAUUUGAUGAAACUUAUUUUAAUGUCGACAUCAUAAAUUCACAUCCAGUUAUCAAUGUAUUAAAUACUUUAACUGAAGCUGUGAAAAGCAUGGAGUCUAUGGAUGAUUGUGGAUUAAAACCACUGAAAGAGAUUGCUGAAAUAGUGACAAAAAAUGACAUUUCUUCUUUUGAGCUUAUUCACAGUGGAUUAGUGAAAAAACUCAUGGCUUAUCUUUCAACUCAGCAAGGAGAUGACUUACCAUUUGGGUCGAAACCACUUGAAGAUCGUUUGAGAACAUUUCUUCAUGUGUUUAUAAACUGUCCUCGGACCAUAAGAGAAGAAUUUGUACCGGAAAAUAUCAAUACAGCGCCUCUUUUGAAUUUAUUAACAAAACUUGGUGCUUGUGUUAGUCACUUAGAGCAGUUUCCAGUUAAAGUUUUUGAUCAAUCAUCAAUAGGAACCACUGGUAGACCUGGAUCUAGUAUUGUAAAGUUUUUUAAUAUGCACCAGUUAAAAUGUCUCUUCCAACGCCACCCUUCCUGCACGAAUCUUAGACAGUGGCAUAGUGGUCCAGUUAUGGUCGAUCCUUUAGCAUCGAUUCAAAAUGUUGACCGUUAUUUAGUUAAUCAAGGUUAUGGUACUAUUAAAGAUGAUGAUGAAAGUGAAAGUGAUUUAAGUUAUGAUGAUGAUAGCUCUGAUGAAGAUGGGGGUUUAGUUGUGGCUGAUAUCAGAAUGGAUCAUGGCCAUGGAACUCCAAAGUUACAAUUUCUAAUUGGUAAAAAUGUUUUGCCUUAUAAUAUGACGUUAUAUCAAGCUGUUAGGCAAUAUGGAAAUGCAGACUCUCAGAGCUCAAACUCUCAGCACACUGAUGGAGAAUAUCCUGUAGGCUAUGCAUCAGUUUGGUUAAAAACCCACACUCUUUGGUACCGUCCUGUUCCUCCUGAAGAGGCUGAGAGUGUUUCUGCUAAUGAUGCCAGUACUAGCCAUAAUAGUACUGGAAAAAAGAAAAGCUCUAGUCGUUCAGGUCAUACUAGCAAAAGCUCAUCUGAACGCAGUAAAUUGUCCAAAGACAAGAAAGAUUCACUGUGGGAAAGUGGCACUGUUCCUGAAGUUGUUUUCCCUACAACUUUCAGUCCUAAACUGCCAGGUCUUGACACUAUUAAGGAUCCAUCAUUAGAAGUUAUUUAUUUGCUUAGAGUUAUACAUGGAUUGAGUUAUCAUUGGGGAUUACUGUAUAAGAAAAAUUCUUGGGCAUCAAUCGUACCGCAAACCGCAUUUGUUAAUAACGAUUUGACUCUCAAAGUUAAUCGCCAGUUACAGGACCCAUUAGCUAUCAUGACAAGGAAUAUACCACCUUGGCUGUCUCAUAUUGCUUAUAAUUUUCCAUUUCUUUUCCCAUUUGAAACCAGACACCUCUUAUUUUAUGUUACUUCAUUUGACAGAGAAAGGGCAUUGCAAAGACUUAUUGAUACAGUUCCUGAACUUACAAACAGUGAGAAAAUAACUCCCAGAUUAGACAAAAGGAAAAGAACCAUAUCAAGGAGCAGCAUUUUGAAACAAGCUGAAACCAUUCUGCAAGAUUAUGGGGAAUCUAAAACUAUGCUGGAGAUUCAGUACAAAAAUGAAGUUGGGACAGGAUUAGGGCCAACUUUAGAGUUUUAUGCUUUAGUUUCUAAAGAACUGCAAAGAUCAGAUUUGAAUAUGUGGCAUGUUGUGACUUCUUGCCCAGAAGGAGAUUUCUCUACAAAUUAUGUCCACAGCCCCACAGGUCUUUUUCCUAUGCCUCUAUCAAGAAAUACCAGAAGCAGCUCACUUACCAAAAUUUGUAAUAAGUUUAAAUUGUUAGGUAAGUUUUUGGCAAAAGCUAUAAUGGAUUCAAGGUUAAUCGAUAUUCCUCUUAGCCUUGCAUUUUAUAAGUGGAUGUUAAACCAAGAAAAGUAUUUAUCACUCUCUGAUUUACAAUUUGUGGAUGAGAGUCUAGCACAGAAUAUCAUCAAACUGGAACAAAUGGUGAUUGAAAAACAUAAGCUAGAAAAUGACAAAUCAUUGAGCUCGACCAUAGUGAAAACAUCGGUGUUGAAAAUUACAUUGGAUGGCUGCCCAGUCGAAGAUUUGAGCUUAGAUUUUACUCUUCCUGGCUAUGCAAAUAUAGAGUUGAAGAAAGGUGGCAAAGAUGCUGGGGUUUCCAUUCAUAACUUAGAGUGCUAUCUGAAACUUUUAAAGCACUGGACCAUGUUUGAAGGUGUGUCAAAACAAAUGAAAGCUUUCAAAGAAGGAUUUGACUCUGUUUUCUCUUUGAACCGCUUACAAGUUUUCUACCCCGAGGAAUUGGCCUUUAUUUUCUGUGGAAGUGUGUACCACCAGUGGGAUGUUCAAAGCCUAACUGAUAGCUGUAGAGCUGACCAUGGUUAUACACUAGACAGUCAAGCAAUCAGAUUCCUGUUUGAAAUUUUAAGCAGUUACAAUGCUAUGCAACAAAGACAAUUCAUCCAGUUUGUCACUGGUUCUCCAAGACUGCCAAUCGGUGGAUUAAAAUCCCUCUCCCCACCUCUUACUAUAGUGAAAAAGACAUCUGAUGAUGAUUCCGAUUCCAAUAACUACCUGCCAUCUGUAAUGACUUGUGUAAAUUAUCUUAAACUACCUGAUUAUACUAGCAUUGAAAUAAUGAGAGAAAAACUUGAAAUUGCUAUUAGUGAAGGCCAACUUUCUUUCCAUUUGUCUUAAUAGAUAGAUUGUCGGACAUAAGUGCAAAAGCAAUUGACUUCAUUUUAAGGACCUGAAAUAACAUUUACACCUAAGGACUGAUAUAACUUAUUGAAAUGCUAAUUUUUCUUAUUGUAAUCUGAUUUAUUUUUCUCACUGUACAAGGAUACUGGAGUAAUCACAUUUUUCUAUUGAUAAUCUAAACUUUGAAAUAGCAUGUAUGCUCAAAAAAUUAAAUUUUGGAUGUUGAGAUCAGUGAAUAAUAUUUUACUGCUAUCUUUAUUGAAAUAUCUGAUUGUAUAUGCAUUUAAUAUGAUAGAUUUCUGUGUCUGCAAUUAACUAAUUGCAUUUAUAGAAAUGAAAUGUGUAAGCUCUAAAAUUUCAUUUAUUUAUAUAGUUCUAAAAUAUACUUUUUGUGUUUUAAUGUUUUUGCUUCAAUUAUUUCUUCUUUUUAAAAAUUCAUUAUAAUUUUAAACAGAAACAACGCUUUGGUUAUUUAAUGUUAUUUAUGAAAUUAUGUUGUAUAUAAAUUUUAAGCAUUAAAAUGUCACAUUUUCAGAAAAGUUUUAUCUUUAUGUGAUAGAUUUCUAUUUCUGAACAUUUUAAUUUAAUGAAUCUAAAUUUUCAUACUUGAUUUCAAUUUGUCUUAUUGAGUAUUUUUGAAAAAAUUAAAGUGCAGUAUCCAAAAUUAAUGGUCUGUGACUGCUAAGAUCUAUAUCAGACCAAUCUAGCAACAAAUUCUGUCAAAUGAGUGUAAAGAGAUAAGUUUUUCAUUUUUUAAUUUGUGUUUUUGCCUCAAAAUAUUUGAUUUUAAAUAUUUUUAAUUUCUUUAUAGUUUUUUUGUCUAAAUUCAUUUUUUUAAUUAUAAUCUUUUUAAAUUUAUUAUUUUUUUCAUGUAAUUUUAAGGUAAGUAUGUGAGAUUUAACCAGUUUAUUAAAACAUAAAAUUAUUUAAACUUAUGUAAAGCUUCAAUUACAAUUUUUAUCAGUAUACAAAAAUUAAAAUGAAUUUGUUAAAUCUUUCUUCUUUCAUAAACCUAUCUUAAAAUGUAACUUAAGGUCAAUAUCAUCUAACUCAUCAAAACAUGCUAAACUUAUGGAUUAUAUUAUGCUUUAAUUGAAAUUUUUAUCUUCCCCUAACUUAAUUGGUAUUAUUUUGAUGCAUGCUUUAUGUUUCAAAAUUCAACAUUUAAACUUAUAUUAUGUAAAGUUGCUAUCUGAAUUUGGUUAAAAUGCACUGUAAACAAAAGAAACAUUAAAGUGACAUAUUUUUAAUGCUAAAUUUGUUUCAAUAAAAUUUUUUUUUUAGUUAUUUGUCUUAUAAAUUUUUAAGUAGUGCUAUUUAAGUAAUCUAGUUUGAUCAUUGUAAUAUUUAUAAGCGUCAAUGUUUAUUUUGCUUUGUUUGUUAUUUUUCUCUUCGUUUUUGUUUUUCUUUCCUCCUUUGGAUUAAGAAUGUAUUUGUAUGUUAUUUGUUAUAGUUAUUUGAUAUCGACUCUUAUAUCCGUUCUGUUUUUGGAAAAGAAUUAAAAUGUAUUGGCAGGAUUUGAUGUUCAUUCUUGCAUACUUCAUUUGUAAAAUGUUCAUUUGGAAUAAAAGUAAUGCCAAAUAUUUUACAAGUGUGCUAGUGCUAUUGUUGUGUGUACUCUGUGUUAUAUUUUAGUUGGUAGUUAAUUUAAUUUUACCAACUCAACUAGAAUCUAACAUGGCGUUAAUUUAAAAUCAAACUCCUCACUAUGCAAUAUUACCUUGUUUUGUUAACUGUCUUUUUCAUAUAACAUUAUGGAAAAUUUUUAGUGGAUGCUCUGAAAUUUUUUUUUUAUUUGUAAUAUUUUGUGUCUGUCAUGUUGGCUGAAACACAAGAGCUUUUGGAUUCAAAUUACCUCUUACUGAGGGAUGCAAACUGUUUAGAAAUGUGAUUCAUUUAUAUAGCUCAACAUAAUGCUGAUAUAUGUGUAAAUUAAAAUACUGUAUUGAAAA